AUGAGUUGGAUAAUAUACGAGAAGGACGAACACUACCACUCCUUCGACGAGUCAUCCUCAUCUUCCGAUUCUGACAUUGCAGAGACCGCUACCAAAGAUGAGAGCCAGCGGGGCUCAGAUGAAGACCCAGAUGGCGAUGAUGACACCGCACGUACGCAUGGGCCGAAGACCACAUCGGAGAGGCGCAGAGCGCAGAAUGACGUCCUGAAGGCCUUUGCUGCUAACAUCAGCUCUCACUUGACACAGAAGGAAGUUGACGAUGCUGCUGCAAAGACCGCCAACGAAGAGCAGCUGUCGAUCCGCGACAUACUCGCCAGACAAGAGGGCACAGUCCGCAUCACGAACCCUCGCGACUAUCAGACUGAACUGUUUCAGAGGGCCAAGAGUGAGAACGUAAUAGCGGUCUUAGACACUGGCUCCGGCAAGACUCACAUCGCAACUCUACUUCUACAGCAUGUUCUCAAUGACGAGCUCGAACGCCGGGCCGCAGGCGGCAUCCACAAGAUCGCCUUCUUUCUAGUCGACUCGGUCAACCUGGUCUUCCAACAAGCAAAUGUCUUGCGUUGCGGCCUUGAUCAGAAAGUGGAGGGCAUAUGCGGCGCCAUGGGCGCAUCGCUUUGGUCUAAAGCGACUUGGCAGAGCCAUUACGAGAAGAACAUGGUAAUUGUAUGUACAGCCGAGGUCCUUGUUCAGUGUAUGAUGCACUCCUUCAUUACCAUGGCUCAGAUCAACCUCCUCAUCUUCGACGAGGCUCAUCAUGCCAAGAACAACCAUCCUUACGCUCGCUUGAUGAAGGACUACUACGUACACGGACUGGACCCCUCCCAUCGACCUCGGAUCUUUGGCAUGACAGCUUCUCCGAUUGACACAAAGGGACUGUCGGUCGAUCAUAUCAAAGAAGUUGCCAACGACCUCGAGAAACUACUUCAUUCCAAGAUCGUCACUACUUCGGAGGGUGCUCUCGCUUCGAACAGUAUCAGCAGGCCUACCGAGGAGAUCGCAGUGUAUGCACGGCUACAAGACCAAUUUGAGACGCCUCUGCACCAAGAGAUAAAAGCAAAGUAUGGGGACAUACCGGCAUUCAAGAAACUGUUCUUGGCCUCCAAGCGCUACGGUUCCGAGCUCGGACGCUGGGCGUCUGACAUGUAUUGGUCUUUUGCUUUCGCUGACGAGCAGAGCCGCAAGCUCGAAGAUCGCGAGCACCUGAAGCAUAACAAGGCUAAGCGAGAUGACGCCGCGCAGGAGUGGGACGCCCAGUCCAAGCGCUUACAGGAAGCGGCCACAUUCGUACAACAGUUCGAUUUCGGUUUGUGUACCUUGAGCGACAAAGAUUUAAGUUCCAAAGUUCUGAAACUUCACCACUGGCUCCAGCUAUACUACGAACGCGGCGAUGAAGCACGUUGUAUCGUCUUCGUUGAGCAACGGCAAACAGCUCGGUUGCUUCAACUCAUCUUUUCCCAGAUCGGUGGACCGAACCUCCGCUGUAACGUGCUCGUCGGUGUCAACAAUCGUGCUGGAGAGCACAACAUCUCUUUGCGGAACCAAAUCCUUACGGUCGCCAAGUUUCGUCGCGGCGAACUCAACUGUCUGUUUGCUACAUCUGUGGCGGAAGAAGGCCUUGAUAUCCCUCAAUGCAACCUUGUCGUGCGGUUCGACCUCUAUCGCACCAUGAUAGCGUACGUACAGUCUCGGGGCCGAGCACGGCAUAGGAACUCGAAGUAUCUCCAUAUGAUUGAGCAGGGCAACGAUGACCAUCGCAGCCGGGUUUUCGACGUCAAGUUCGAGGAAGGCAUCAUGAGGAAGUUCUGCAAAGCUCUUCCCCAAGACCGUCAGAUCGGCGGAGGCGAGGUUGACAUGUUGUCGUUCGAAGACAAGAUGUAUCCAAGCUUCGUUACAAAGUCUGGUGCAAAGCUCACAUAUCGCUCGAGCUUAUCAAUCCUCAAUCACUUCGUAGCGACGCUACCCGGCCCCGACAGACAGACCAUGCUCCAGCCAACCUAUGUUAUCAAUCCCGAGGUCAACUAUGAUGCUCAGGAUUCUCAGCGGCGAGGGUUUGUUUGCGAGGUAAUGUUGCCGGAACAUGCACCGGUAGUCUCGGUAACUGGCGACGUUCAAAGCAGGAAAACUAUCGCAAAAUGCUCUGCCGCUUACAAGGCAUGCCUCAUGCUUCACACGAAAGGCUAUAUGGAUGACAACCUCCUCCCAACAACAUGCAAAAGCUUGCCAGCUGGGAGAAAUGCACUGCUAGCGCUUAGCGAAAAGAAGAAGGGUAUGUACUCUAUGUUGAUCAAGCCAAAUUUCUGGAAGGUGGAUCGCGGAGUCGUUCCUACGCUUCUAUACCUGACCGUCAUCGACCUUGACGCUGGCUUAGACCGACCUCAUCAGCCUAUGGGUCUCCUCACUCGCAUUCCAUUCCCGCAGAUGCCGCAUUUUCCUAUCUACCUCACGGAUGGAAGGCCCUCCAAUGUCGUAUCCAAAUCCGUCUCGACUCCGCUACCUGUAUCGCCCGAGACGAUAAAAGCUCUCACGAUCUUUACUCUACGCAUAUACGAGGAUAUCUACAACAAGGUGUACGAGGAAGACGUCCAGAAGAUAUCUUAUUGGGUUGUUCCAGUAACUCCGAGCCAGGUGUCUACUGUUUCGUCUGUUACCUCUCUCGAUCAAAUCCUAGACAUGGAGCAAAUCCGCAAAGUCUGCAAAGAGCCCACUUGGAAGUGGACACUCGAGACCAAAUCUGAGGAUUUGCUAGAUCGUUACUUUGUAGAUCCAAUGAAUGGAGGUCGACGCUACUACUCCAACGACCUCGCAACCCAUCUCAAGCCACAAGAUCCGCCUCCUAAAGGUCUACCUCGCAGUGGACAAAAGUUCAUGGCCACUAUUCUGGACUACAGCGACAGCCGGUGGGCAAAGAGUAGAGACAUAUCAAAGUGGCACGCCUCGCAGCCCGUUCUUGAGGUGGAAAAGAUUCCUUUCCGCCGGAACCAUCUUGCAUGCGUCGAGGAUAAAGAGAAGGGUGAGUUCGAUGACUUGAAGACUUACAUCUGUCCAGAGCCUCUUCACGUCUCUAAUCUUUCGAUACGAUUUGUGGUCAUGUGCUACGUAUUACCGGCUCUCAUUCAUCGCUUUGAGAGUUAUCUCAUUGCUCUGGACGCCUGCAAAGUUCUCGGUCUCAACGUCAGCCCCGCGCUCGCUUUGGAAGCUCUUACUAAAGACUCCGACAACUCCGAGGAGCACGGCGAAGAAAAGAUCAACUUCAAGAGCGGAAUGGGUCCAAACUAUGAACGUCUUGAAUUCCUAGGGGAUUGCUUCCUGAAGAUGGCUACCUCACUUUCGGUCUUUGUCCAGCAGCCAGAUGAAAACGAAUUCGAGUUCCACGUCCGCCGCAUGGAAAUGCUCUGCAACAAGAACCUGAUGGAGACUGCAGUGGGAAAGAAGCUGGUGGUCUCCGCAGAUGGAACUGAACGCGAUAUUCAGCUGUACCGCUUCAUUCGCACGGAAGCCUUCUCAAGGCGCACAUGGUAUCCUGAAGGGGUGAAGCUCAUGAGGGGUAAGGGUUUGAAGAAGACUGAAGACGACUGGCUGAAGCUCACGCAUAAUCUUGGCGACAAGAGCAUCGCGGACGUCUGUGAGGCCUUCAUCGGUGCUGCUUUCCAGCAGCACUACCGGGGCGGGCGAUGGAACCCCGAAGACUGGGACGAAACUGUUAAAGCUGUCAAGCUUUUCGCCAACAGUCAAGAUCAUAUGAUGUCGAGGUGGUCAGACUACUACGACGCUUAUCAAAAGCCCAAGUACCAAGUUGCCGACGCCACCGCAGCGAUGGUCAAUACCGCUUUCAACAUUGAGCUGGUGCACCCAUAUCACUUCAAGUACCCACGUCUUCUUCGAUCGGCUUUCGCCCACCCCUCAUACCCGUACAUGUAUGAGAAUAUACCCAACUAUCAGCGACUCGAGUUCUUGGGUGACUCUCUUCUCGAUAUGGCGUUCAUCAUGCACCUCUACUACAAGUACCCAGACAAGGACCCUCAGUGGCUCACGGAACACAAGACUCCCAUGGUGUCCAACAAAUUCCUAGGCGCUGUGUGCGUAAAGCUCGGCUGGCAUGUUCACAUCAAGCAGAACACUGCUAUUCUGAGCUCGCAAAUUCGCGACUACGUCUUGGAGGCCGAAGAAGCAGAGCGAGAAGCGGAUGGCGCCGUUGACUAUUGGGUCACCAUCAGCGAACCACCAAAAUGCUUGGCCGACGUGAUCGAAGCAUACACAGCCGCCAUCUUCGUUGAUGCAGAGUUCGACUUCAGCGUCGUACAGGACUUCUUCGACAGGCAUCUCAAGCCCUUCUUUGAGAACAUGACUCUCGACUCGUACGAGAACUUCGCCUCCAAUCACCCUACCACCCGUCUCAGUCGCCUCCUCGGUAUCACCUUCGGCUGCAGCGAGUGGCGGAUGGGUGCCAUGGAGACAGAGACGCUCAUCCCCGGCAAAGGCAAGGCUGUCGUGGCUAUGGUCAUGAUCCAUGGAAAGGUAUGGUUCCAUUCCCUGGGCCAGAGCGGCAGAUAUGCGCGUGUGAGGGCCAGUCAUGGAGCGUUGGAGAAACUGGAUGGGCUUCCGCCUUACGAGUUCAGGAAGAAGUAUAAGUGUGAUUGCGUCCACGAGGGAGAGGGCGAGGGCGAACAGGAUGAAGUGGUGCUCAAAGCGAAGGAGGAGCUGAUGAAGGAGGCUAUGGGUCUGAGCAUCUAG